ACGGCGCAUGUGUGCAGUGGAUGGACAUAGCGGGCUCGGUGGUGCGUGGAUGCGCACACAGCGUCCCCGGUUCACUUUCCUCCGGCUCAACAUGAAGAGAUUCAUCGGUGUGUCGCAGCUAGCCGCGAUUCUGCUCUACAUUCCUCUUGUACAGGUUUUUACCAUUCUGGGCAAUUCCCAUUCCAGAGUGAUGCUGUUCCCCGAGGCGUGGGGCCGCAGUCAGUGUCGUUCUCUGGACCGGAUGGUGGAGGUGGAGCAGGAGUAUCCCGGAGGAGUGGAGCACAUCUACAGUCCCGGCUGCGUGCCGCUGCUGCGCUGCUCCAGAUGCUGCAAUGACGACAAACUAGCGUGUGUGUGUGUGUGUGAGUGA